AUGAAGCCUUCAAUUCUGAUGUUUACUGUGCAUCUGUUAUGGUUGAAAGGCUGUCAGUGUGCACCUACUUGGAAAGACACAACUGAUCUCCGUGAAAACCUAAAGAGCUUGUCUGUGGUUGGAGAGCAAUAUGUGGAUGAAGAGGUGAAGAAAGCUUUGAUUGGAAUUAAGCAGAUGAAAAUCGUGAUGGAAAGAAAUGAAGUAAAACAUAAAGAGCUAAUGAAAACCCUGAAGAAAAGCAGUAAAGAAAAACAGGAGGCCCUCCAACUUAUGAAUGAAGUCAAAGAAAGACUGGAGGUGGAGGAAAGGCGAUGCCAGGUGUCUUUGACAGGUUUAUGGGAUGAAUGCAAGUCUUGUCUGGAAAGUAGCUGCAUGAGAUUUUAUACAACCUGCCAACCAAGUUGGUCCACUGUGAUAAAUAAGAUUGAAAGCUUUUUCAAGAAAAUGCCUCAAUUAAUUUUUCCUUUUCGUGAGGAUGAAGCAGAAGCUCUUCCAGUUACUGAAAAGUCAGACGAGGAGGAUGCUCAGCUAUCCCAAAUAGAGGGCACAUUCAGCCAACUGGCCAUGGAUGUGAACACACUAUUCAACAGGAGCACCAAUGUCUUCAAACAGAUUCGGAAAGAAUUUGACCAGGCUUUCCAAACAUAUUUCAUCUCAGACGCAGACUUAACAGAGGCCUACUUCCUUCCAGCUUUAUCAGAGACAACUCCCCAAAACACAAGUCUUCUGAAAAGCUGGGACAUACCCAAUUUCUUUCAGCUGUUUUUUGAUUUCAGCAAAUCAAUUUUGACAGGUAUUGGUGAAAUGAUUACUGAAAUGCUAAAAGGAAUGAAGAAUUUACCAGAACAAGUGAAAGAGCCCGACAAAGGAGGCAUGUUUUCAGAGGUUUUCCCUGGACACAACAGAGUACCAUGUAAAGAGCUUAGCCAGAAUUUGUCUGGAUGUUCUGAAUUUCAUGAAAGAUGCCAAAAAUGUCAAGAAAACCUCUUGCAAGACUGCCCUAAUGUCCCUGAGCUGCACAUGAAGUUUGAUGAAGCCUUUAAACUGGUUAACAUUUCUGAGCAGCAAUAUACUCAGAUUUUCCAGAUGACCCAGCAUCACAUGGAAGACAUGAUAGCCAUGAUGGGGAAGAUGAGGGAGAAGUUUGGAUGGGUGACUGAACUCUCUCACUGGACCAGAGGAUCAGAAAAUAUCUUCAAUAUUAUAAAGGUAGCUCCAAGAAUUGGUGAAGAAAAGUCUGCUAAUUCAAAUGACACUCUGCUUGAAGUGAGCAUCCUAACUUCACCUACUUUCACCAUCAAAGUCCCCCAGGAUGUCAGCAUGGAGAACUCUGACUUCAUUGAGCAUGUGGUUGGGAAAGCUUUGCAGUAUUACAAGCAACAUUUUUGA